CCGGGAAAGAGUAGUCUUUAUCGAACGAGACCAGCCGAUCAUACGACAGCAUUAUCCCUGAUUCUUGGUUGACUGCAGCAGUACAAGUUGUUAAAAUGAGGUAUGUUCUCGUAACUGGAGGUGUCAUUAGUGGUGUGGGUAAGGGAAUAAUUGCCAGUUCCAUUGGAACAAUUUUAAAAGCACAUGGUGUAAGAGUGACCAGUAUAAAAAUAGAUCCCUACAUCAAUAUUGAUGCUGGAACUUUUUCUCCUUAUGAGCAUGGUGAAGUCUUUGUGUUGGAUGAUGGUGGUGAAGUUGACCUGGAUUUAGGCAAUUAUGAAAGGUUUUUAGAUGUAACAUUAACUCGAGACAACAACAUAACAACUGGAAAGAUAUAUGAACAAGUUAUUAAACGAGAAAGGAGGGGAGAUUAUCUAGGCAAGACAGUUCAAGUGGUUCCUCACAUCACUAAUGCAAUUCAAGAUUGGGUCAUGCGUGUGGCAGAACUUCCGGUAGAUGGGGAUAAAAAGGCAGAUGUGUGUAUAAUUGAGCUUGGAGGAACCAUUGGUGACAUAGAGAGCAUGCCUUUUGUGGAAGCUUUUCGUCAAUUUCAGUUUCGGGUGAAACGUGAAAAUAUUUGCUGUGUCCAUGUCAGCUUGAUUCCAGAGCCAAAAACUACUGGCGAGCAAAAGACCAAACCAACACAAUCUAGUGUUAGGGAGUUAAGAGGAUUGGGAAUCUCUCCUGACAUCAUUGUAUGUCGAAGUGUCACACCUUUAACUGAUUCAACUAAAGAAAAGAUUUCUUUGUUUUGUCAUGUAGAUCCUGAGCAGGUCUACUGUGUACAUGAUGUGACAUCAGUAUACAGAGUACCACUGCUGCUUCAGUCUCAGAAUGCUGAUUCCUUUUUAAUACAAAGACUUCAGAUAGAGAUUCCUCAGCUUAACACCAAGCCAGUACAUAUCAUGGCACGAUGGAAAGAGCUAGCAGACAGACAUGAUAGGCUUUUGAAGGAAGUCUGCAUUGUUCUUGUUGGUAAAUACACAGCAUUGUCAGAUUCCUACACUUCAGUUAUCAAGGCUCUUCAGCAUGCCUCUUUAGCUGUCAACCAUAGAUUGGAUCUUAAAUGUAUUGAAGCUGCAGAUUUGGAGCCUGCAAUGGAGAAUGAAAAUCCACAAAAAUACCAUGAGGCUUGGAGAGAGCUUGUUGGUGCAAAUGGUGUUAUAGUUCCUGGUGGAUUUGGUACCAGGGGCACUGAAGGAAAAAUCUUAGCAUGUAAAUGGGCCAGAACAAAGAAUAUUCCAUUUCUUGGGGUGUGUCUGGGAUUACAGUGUGCUGUUAUAGAGUUUGCUCGAAAUGUGUUGGGUUGGGAAGAUGCCAACUCUACAGAACUUAACAUGGACACUAAGCAUCCAGUGGUAAUUGAAAUGCCUGAGCACAAUCCAGGUGAUAAAGGGGGUACUAUGAGACUUGGAAAGCGGAGAACCAUCUUUAAGACAGAAAAAAGUUUGAUCAGAAAGCUUUAUCACAAUCCUCAAUAUGUGGAAGAAAGGCACAGGCACAGAUAUGAGGUAAAUCCAAAAGUAGUUGAAGAGCUGGAGAAGGCAGGGUUAAAAUUUGUAGGACAUUCUGAGGACAAUCAAAGAAUGGAGAUCAUGGAACUGGAAGAUCAUCCCUACUACGUUGGUGUUCAAUACCACCCUGAGUACAUUUCUAGACCAAUGAAUCCAUCUCCUCCAUACCUGGGACUUCUGUUGGCUGCCUGUAAUAAACUUCCCUCAUAUGCUAGUCGGGGUUUCCGUCCUUCACCCCGCAUGUCUUUUUGUGAAGACUCAGAUGUUGAUGAUGGUGAUCUUCAACUAAAUCAAGCUGGAGAUGCAUAAUGUUGUCUUUUUUGUGUUGUCUUUGUAGAUCAUUUUUUUAGACACUGGUGUUUGGAAGCACAUGUACACACAGACCAUUGUGUUUUUGUUGUGAACUAUAAUAUUUUCUGUUAUUUUCUAAUGAUGAUACAUUUUCAAUUGUGCAAGUGUAAAUGGUUGGGAUGAUACAUUUUCAAUUGUGUUAGUGUAAAUGGUUGAAAGGUUAAAUGGAAAUUCUUUAAGUUACAGUCAAGAGCACUUGUUCAAAAUGAACCAGCAUCAUCAAACUAAUCCAAAAAUUUUCAUGUACAGUUUAAAUUACUUAUGUGGAUAAAUUGUAACUCCAUGCUGGAGUUUGUUAUUGAGCUAAGCAGUUGUUGCUCUGAGAUGUUUCAAGAAUACUUUUGCCUUUUUAAAAGUUAACCUUUUUCAAUAUUUUGUAACUUGAUAGUAAACUGUAAACGUGUUCAAAAUUUCUGUGUUCAAACUUCUGAUGUAAAUAGCAUAAUAAAAGUUUGUGGAAUUAUUUAA